GGGUGGUAUUUGGAGGUUAUGGCAGGUUCACAAUCAUCAGCCAUUAUCAAUACAACACACCACUGUACCAAUCUCUUUCCCUUUGGGUUCCUAUGAAUCUCUAGUAACUCCCCCAACUUCAUCUUCUUCUCUGAAUAGUAAUAAGAACAUCAGAUUCUUGCCAAAGGGAUCAAACUUCUCCACCUCUGUAUCCUGUGUAUUGAGCUCUGUUGGCUUUGCUCAGAGGCAGAAGGUUUCAAGUCUAGUAUGGGUCUCUCGCCUUAUUCUACACCUGCAGAUGCGGGAGUUCUAUGUGUGAUUCUGAUCAAUACAGCCAUAUCCAUCUCGAUUGUCAAGGAGAUUGUCCGGUCAAUCCUUAGCGUCAUUGGCAUCCGGAUUGCAUCCUGGGAAGAGUACGCCAUUGAAGGCCCCUUGGAUUCCCUCGAGUGCCGUGGAACCCCCUCGGAGUCCUACAUAGAGGAGUUCCGCAGUCGAACUCCCCCCAUCCGGUACGACGCAAUGUGCAUCUCUAACAACCCCGAGCAAGAGUGCUCGGUUUGCCUGGCAGAGUUCAAGCCAGAUGCAGAGAUAAACCAGCUGCCUUGCGGGCAUGUUUUCCACACGGCCUGCCUCGAGAAGUGGCUCAAGUACUGGAACGUCACCUGCCCGCUUUGCAGGAACUACAUGAUCCCCCAAGGAGAGGAUGAUGGUUGCCCAAUGUGAGCCAUUAGAUGUUUGUGAGAACCGAGACGAAACCCCUCAUUGUACAGCUUAGUCGUCUACAGACCGAGCAUAUGCCCAUAUGCUCGGGCUGUUAAGACACCACGUUGUAGUUGUAUACCUAUGUUCAUCAGGCAAUGUUUGCGUCCUCUAGCAGUGACGGGUCCUCGUGACCAAUAUACAUUGCUGUACAUAUACUAAGAACACUUGUGCAAUCCAGAAAAUUUUCAGGCAUUCAGUUCUCUAGCAACUGAUGAUGUUUA